GACAGGAGGCCAGAGACAGAAAAACAAAACAAAGAGAGAGGGAAAAAGGGUGAGAGGUGGGAAAAAAAAACAGAAAAUGGGGUUUGAAGGGGAAAAGAGAGAAGAGGAAGGAGUAAUGGCUAAUGAUUUCUUUUGGUCAUAUACUGAUGAGCCUCAUGCUUCUCGUAGAAGGCAAAUCCUCUCUCAAUACCCUCAGAUUAAACAGCUUUUUGGCCCUGACCCUUUUGCCUUUCUCAAGAUAUCUGGAGUUGUUUUGCUUCAGCUUUGGACUGCUACCUUCCUUCAAGAUGCAAGUUGGCUGAAGAUAUUGAUAGUAGCCUACUUUUUCGGCUCUUUUCUAAACCACAAUCUCUUCUUGGCUAUUCAUGAACUAAGUCAUAACCUCGCUUUCUCUACUCCAGUCUACAACCGUUGGCUCGGAAUAUUUGCCAACCUUCCCGUGGGUGUGCCCAUGUCUGUUACCUUCCAAAAGUAUCACCUCGAGCACCAUCGCUUCCAAGGAGUUGAUGGAAUCGACAUGGACAUCCCGAGCCUUGCUGAAGCCCAUGUCGUCAAAAAUGUUCUUGCAAAAUCUAUAUGGGUUAUUCUCCAACUUUUCUUUUAUGCUUUCCGGCCACUUUUUCUUAAACCUAAACCACCUGGCAUAUGGGAGUUCAUUAAUUUGAUUAUCCAGCUAUCCCUCGACGGAGCUAUGGUUUACUUCUGGGGCUGGAAAUCACUCGCUUAUCUAAUUCUGUCUACUUUUGUUGGGGGCGGGAUGCACCCAAUGGCUGGUCACUUCAUCUCCGAGCAUUAUGUCUUCAAUCCUGAGCAGGAGACAUACUCCUAUUACGGUCCCCUUAACCUUAUGACUUGGAGUGUAGGAUACCACAACGAGCACCACGACUUUCCCAGAAUUUCCGGAAGCAAGCUCUACAAGGUGAAGGAGAUUGCGCCAGAAUAUUAUGAAAACUUAGAUUCUUACAAAUCUUGGAGCCAGGUCAUCUACAUGUACAUAAUGGAUCGAACAGUUGGACCUUUCAGCAGAAUGAAGAGAAAGUUGUCAACAAAGGCAAAUAAGUCCGAAUAGGUGCAGUGGUAGUCGUUUCUUCCUUGCUAAUACUUUCAGUCUUACUAUGUGAUAUUUCUUGUCUGUUUUGAUUCUUGUAACAAUAUGAUAUAGUUCCGGCAUCAUGUGCAAUAGAGUUGAUGUAGCAGUGACUAAGUUCAUCUUUAAUCAUGUAUAAUAUUCCUUAAUUAUGGGAU